AAAGCCCUCCCCUUUCGCCUCCCAUAUUCCAAAACACACCAUAACCCGUUUGAUUACUAUCCAUAACCAGAUUCACGGAUUCAGGACCCGUAAAGGCAAAAAUGGCUCCCAAAGAUAAGAAAGCGAGCCCUACCAGCGGCAUCACUGAUAAGAAAGAGAUGCAUUACAGAGGAGUAAGGAAGAGGCCAUGGGGCCGUUACGCUGCUGAGAUACGUGACCCGGGUAAAAAGAGUCGGGUCUGGUUAGGCACUUUUGAUACAGCUGAAGAAGCUGCUAGAGCUUACGACAAGGCGGCGCGUGAGUUCCGUGGUGCUAAAGCCAAGACUAAUUUCCCUCUACCCACCGAUGAAAUUUCCGCCUCCAAAAAGGCUGUUAAUUGCAGCGACGUUGUUGAUAACCCGAGCCCUAGCCAGAGCAGUACUGUUGAGUCUUCCAGUCCUCCGGCGGCGCGUGAGAUUACGCGCGGCGCUGGCGGAGUUGUGGGGAGGUUUCCGUUUGUUUAUCAGCAACAGCAGCAGAGCGUUGUGGGCCCGGUUUGGUUUUUUGAUGGGACUAGUCUGGUAAGGCCGGAGUUCGUUACUCAGCGGUUUCCUGUACGGUUUGAACCGGUUGGGGCCGAGUUCGGUGAUGGGUUUGUUAGUGGUGGGACCCAGAGUGACUCCGACUCGUCGUCCGUCGUGGACGGAAAGCCGGCGAGAGAGUUCGACCUUAACUUUCCACCGCCGGAGGAUGCUUGAUUUUGUUUUUUUUUUUUUUGGUUUCCUACCCAGGCAAAUAACUCAUUUUAUUUUUCACUAAUUUUCUAUCUUUGAGGGUUCGAUAAAGAAAAUAGAAAGUAAAAAAUAGAAGUGAUAAUCUCAUUUAGUGGGUUAUCAUCGAAUGUAAAUAAGUUAGGUUAUUUUAUUUUUUGCAGCUGAGAGAAAUAAUUAUAAUAUUCUCUCUAAGUUGUUUUUGUUUUCAGCUGUAACCUCACAUUUUACAAGUGCUUCUUCAUCUUCUAAUGAAAUACAGAUUACUUAUUUUUCA